AUGCCGCCGAAACCGUCUGCCAAAGGUGCGAAGAAGGCUGCCAAGAGCCAGAAGGCCAGCCGUAGCAGCGAUAAGAAGAAGAAGCAUCGCCGAAAGGAAAGCUAUUCUGUCUACAUCUAUCGCGUUCUGAAACAAGUCCACCCUGAUACUGGCGUCUCAUCUAAGGCUAUGUCUAUUAUGAAUUCAUUCGUCAACGAUGUAUUCGAACGUAUUGCUGCUGAAGCUAGCCGUCUCGCCCAGUACAACAAACGAUCCACCAUCUCAUCACGCGAGAUUCAAACUGCUGUUCGUCUGAUCCUGCCCGGAGAAUUGGCAAAACACGCCGUGUCUGAAGGAACCAAGGCUGUGACAAAGUACACAUCAAGCAAGUGA